AUGAACUCGGACAAACCUUCGACUUCUUUCGAAGGCAAACCUAGACAAAGAACCCACAGUAAUAUAGAUCUGGAAGUAGAAGAUGAAGUUCUUCUUAAUAUAUUCAAAAAUGUAGACGUAAACGACUUGAAGAAUCUCCGAUUAUGUUGCACAAGACUUUCAAGACUAGCGGAAGAUAAAUUUUUAUGGAAGUUGGACUAUCGCAAAAAACCUAUUCUUGUUUCUCAAAUGUUGCCGUAUGAUACCUUCUUAGAACCAUUAACACACAUCUUAGCAAUACGUGGAGAUUUCGAUCAAAACUGGAAAAAUCUGCUUAGCUGUUUUUUUUUUUCUGAAAUAAAACAAAUAUGCCGAGUACUUAACACAUUGAUUAUCGAGGAUUUUUAUAUAUCUGUAAAGGAGAUUACGACAACGUUGGCAACAACUAUUGAAGAUCUUAAAAUCAUCAAUUGUAGAUCUUAUCACGGUCUUAAGGACUUUGAGUCGAAGCGCUUAUUUCGUGGAAUAUGUAAUUUCGUGCCGCAUAUAAAACGAUUGACCUUCAAGACUGUUUUAUGUAAUUUGGAAGGGUCACUUGUGACAUUUAUAAGUAACCUUACAGAACUUCAGGAACUUAGAUUUAUUUCAUGUAUUCGUAUAAAGGAAUUUUGUCCAAACAUAGAUAUCCCUUCUCAGUAUAAAUGCCAAAAUCUAAAGAUUCUAGACUUUUACAACACAGCAGUUGAGGAUAGGCUAGUUGAAUGGUUUUGUCACAUUGAAUCUUUAGAGGAACUGUAUCUAGAAUGCCCUAAAUUUUUAAGGAAAGAAUGGUCAUAUGAAUCAUUUCGAGAGUUACAAAACAUUUGUUACAGACAACGCAUUUUUUUGUUUUGGCAUGAUAACAUGCUUCAUUGGUUGUUGUGUGAAGUAGAAUGUCGUCCUGAAAACAGAGUUGAAGAAAUAAUUAGUUUUAGAGACAAAAUAUUCCGGGACUAUUUUUUGUCAAAAAUCAGUCACUAUAUAAGUAAAUGUAAUAAUUUGAAAAAAUUACAUAUUAGGACGAAUAUCAAUAUUAUAGCUACGACAUUACCAAACUUGAUAGAGUUGGAUAUAACUGGUUGUUGUGUAACUCUAGAAGAUGUUAAACAUUUUAAAUUGCAAAGACCUAAUGUUCGAACGUAUUCAUCAUUUAGUAAAUCACAUAAAAGAUAUGAGUCUAUGAGUGGAUAA